AUGCCUCCUAGAGUGUUUUUAUCUGCUUCAAUUGUUGCCACCAUUUUUGAUUUUCUGGGACUCACUGCAAGUCUGUUUGUUGUAGUUUUCAAUGGUAAGAAUUGGAUGGAAAGUCGCCGAAUCGCCUCUUCUGACAGACUCCUGCUCGGCUUGGGCGUGGUGCGGUGUUUCCUGAUGACUCUGUUUCUCCUAAAAAGGAUCUGCUUCAUUGUCUCUCCAGCUCUUGUCAGGUCAGCCCAAAUAUCCAUUUCUUUCCUGGUGUGCUGGAUGUUUCUGGACUCCGUUUGUCUGUGGUUUGUGACCUUGCUGAACACCUUGUACUGUGUGAAGAUUUCUAACUUCCAACACUCAGUGUUUCUCCUACUGAAGCAAAAUCUCUCCCCAAAGAUCCCUGGGCUGCUGGUGGCUGGUGUGCUGAUUUCUGCCUUUAUCACCCUCCUGUACAUUGCACUCAGACUGACACUGUAUCCUCCAGAACCUGUGAGUGGGAAAAACUCCACAGAAUUCGAUGCGAAGAACAUCUUGUCUUCAGUGGCCUUUUUCAUCCUGGGCUCAUCUCUGCAGUUUAUCGUGAAUGUGACGUCGGCUUCCUUGCUAAUCCAUUCCUUGAGGAGACACAUACAGAAGAUGCGGAGAAAUGCCUCUGGCUUUUGGAAUCCCCAGACGGAAGCUCAUGUGGGCGCCAUGAAGCUGAUGAUCUGUUUCCUGGUCCUCUAUAUUCCCUACUCUGCUGCCACGAUGCUCUAUUAUUUACGCUCCUUUGCAAGGCUAGGGGUGGGCGUCAGAGCCUUAUGUAUGAUAGUUUCCUCUAUUUACCACCCGGGACAUUCUGUUCUCAUUAUUCUGACACAUCCUAAACUGAAGGCAAAAGCAAAGAGGAUUCUUUGUUUCAACUAA